AUGGGUGUUGUGGAACCUGAACAAAACAGACAGACUCCCCAACACUCUGUCAAGAGAAGCAGCUGCGGCCGAGCCGCGGGGGUGGAAUUCCGCCGCCGGCGGGGGAGGGGGCGGCGGGACUCGGGGGUGGGGGCCGCCAGGCGGCGCCGGAGACCACCAAACUUUGCACACACCCGACGCCGUUUCCUGGAGGGAGUGCAGGCGAGGGGCGGGAGCCCGGCCUCGCCGCCCGCUCCCCCCGCCGGCCGUGCCUCCCCGACCCCCCUCGCCCUCCGCCGGGACACGCGGCCGAGGCCCCGCCCGCCGCCUUUCACGGCCGCCGAGGGCCCCUCCCCCACGCCGCCCCGGGACGUCGCCUCGGGACAUCGCCCCGGACGCCGCCGAGCCACUCGAGACCCCGCCGCGGCCCGGCGGGCGCGGCGGCGGCCUGAGGGAGGCCCGGCUCGGCGGCGGCCGAGGAGGAGGGCGCGGCGCAGCCCGAGUUUCCCACCUUUUCUCCUGGCCCAGACGCGGCCGGGGCGGACGGGACCUCUCGCGCUCUGCCUCCUCCUCCUCUUGCUUCAUGGAGCCAUGCGCCUGGGUGGGGGCUCCCGAGAGAAGUGGGCCCGCGAGCGGGCCGGACGCGCGGCGCGGACGGGGCGGGGCGUAGGGGGCCGGCGGGCGGGCGGAGGAGGAAGCGGCGGGGCGGCGGCGGUGGCCGGGAAGAACUAGAGGUAUUCCCCGGGAGGCUGGAGGACUGAGUCGAGCCGGGACCCGAGUCCUCCGGUAUCCCAGCAGUCACCGGAGGCAGUGAGGUAAUGGAGGAAGAAUGUAGGGAGUCCUCCAGUGUACCACACGCCCUCUAGCGAACGGCGGAGAACCAUAGAGAUCAGGAAGCAGCCGAAGCACCGCCCCGCUACUGUCACGUGAUCUUAUUCCGCUCACUUUAUUGGCUAGCUCUGAGUUUAAGAGAUUGAAUUAAGGAGCUUGUUUUCCACUCGAAGGGCCGAAUCCCAAACAGUUGGGAUAAAGAGGGACACACGAGGAAGACGGGGAAGGCCAGUAUCCCUUGUAGGGUGCACAGCGGGCUGGGCCGCACGCCCUGCUGUCAGGUUGCCGGCGCGGUGCACGCCGGGCCACUGGCUCUACGAGCAGGGGAAGAGCACGCCGGGAGUUGUAGUCGGGCCGUGCGGCGGUGGCAUUGUCCGGGACGCGGCCGGGUGCGGGCUUGGGUCGCGAGCAGGAUGCCCCCGCCGCGCUUCCCGGGCUCUCCGGCUACGAGUGACCGAGCGCUGAGCUGCUAAGGCUUGUGUGUUUUUUGUUUUUUUUCCUCCAAGCGUCCAGGCUCGCGUUGCCUCGCCUGACCCGGCCGUCGCCUUCGAAAGCAGUAUGUAAGGUGCGGCUCAGCUCAGCGUUAAAUCCAGCGGACAACGGCUAGGCCAGGCCUGCGGGGAGCGUGCCCGGCGCGGUGCCAGCCGCUCGCACCCGGCCUAGCCUGCCUCCCGAUGCACCGCGAAGGGCACGGCCACCCAGCGUUAGGUAGUGACUCUGGCGCCGCCAGCUCGCGACAGGAGGCCACCCCUAUUAUUUGGCCCUGGGAACCCUAGCUAGAGAUGACUAACGUGGAUGCUCACCGUACUGGACGAUUCAGUAGGUCAACAUAAUUACCUGUAGGCAUCAGAACCCCAGGCAAGGAAGUCUGGCGCCUUCUUGGACCUGGAGCUCUCAAAGAGAACCGUGCAAAGGAUGGCAGAGGAAGGAAGAGCCAGCUAUGCUCCGUGGAACGGGUUACUUUACAAAGGAAAUAAAUAAAUAAAUAAAAGGCAGUUUCUCCAGCAGGCUUCAUCAUUCCUGACACAGACUUGACGUGCUUAUCUGCUGUUGAAGCCACAUUUGCCAGUUCCUAACCUUUGCUGUCCGCCUGGAAAACUACAAAUGAGAUGAUCACAUGGCCCAGAGCCAGAAAUGCAAGAGGCAGAAAGCCAGAGGGCACUUGUUUAUUUUUUGCUUGUUUCAUUUCUGAAGAAGAAGGCCAAAUCCUGACUUAAAAAUAAUCAAAAUAAAUUUCACAUAGUGCA